GGCAUUGGACUACUGUACAAGGAUUCACUUCGUGUCAGCACGACUCGAGAUGGAAUUCAAGAGUCGCUUGAAUUUUGCGAGUUGUUGGUCCAAACGUCGACUUCCCGCAAGAUACGGCUUGUGAUCGUCUACCGUCCACAGAAUUCUGAUGACCACAGCAGGGUUCCCAUUAACACUUUUCUGAUGGAGUUUUCUGACGUGAUGGAGUCCACUAUUCUAUCCAAA